UUAAAUGCAAUGUGGUCUGACGAACUUUAAGUGCCAGUGGUGAGUAAUCGCUUCUGGGCCAUAAACCAGGUACCACGGAUAAAGCAAGGUAGUCAAGAGCUUUCCCCCUCAUGGGGGAAUUCAAGGUAGAAUCCCCACCAGUGACGUCACCAUCAAACAAGAGACAGGUGUGCGCGCACAGGACAAUCCAAUCCAACCAAGGUCCUUAGGGAGGAGGGGUACUGAACAAUAGAACAGGGAGCAGAUGGAGCUCUGCAUUUGAACGGAAUACCUUGGAAUUGCCCGAUGUUGGAGGCACUAUUUCGAGCCCGGGAGAUCUUGGACUUAGUUCGAAAUAUGACGUAUGCCAAUCAGUCGAAGCCCGUGCUCGACUAUGAGGUGCCACAUGUGGUGGGUCCGCCCAAUGGUUACGUUCCACAACCGGUUCAAGCCCCGUCACCUCUACUACUCCCCCUGAUCAUUGUUAUCCUGGUAUUCCUGGUCAUCAUUCUCAUCUCUAUGCUUGGUGUGGUGGUCGUGAAGUUCUACCUGAGGAGGGUAAGUGAGAACCACAACGUGAUUUGUCAUAUUUGUCAUAUGGAGAUCGAGCGAUGCUUUUGGACCGAUGGCUCGCAUCGAGAGAUUUGCUCCAGACGGCAUCAAGAGUUUCUCUCUAGUUUACCCACGCCAUUUGAUGUUCGAUGUCCGACUUGUUUGGCAUAUUUGAAACUUCUACCUAAGGAAAAUGGUCGAUCGUUCAGGUGUGACGAUUCGGAUUGCGCUUUCAAAGGCGAAAUUGCCAAUACCGGCUACAAUCGACUCAAUUGUUUCAGUUGUGACUAUGACCUUUGUGAUAGUUGUGCUCAUCGACGCAUGUUCAUCCUCACCAAGUACCUCAAAUACCAUGGGAAUCGUAUCACAGAGUCCGAGAUUGACAACUGCAGUAUUUGUCAGUUAGAACAGUCCGGAUAUCCGGUCACAUUGUCCGUGGAGCACUUUUCAGAAAUGGGGGGACAACGAGCCCACUCGUCCAAUCUGAACUUGGAACCGCCAGAUCUUGGCCUUCCCAUGAUUCCUAGCCCAGUGGCCUACUCCUCUGACCCACCCAGCUACACUGCCACUCCCGCAGCUUCUUAUGCAUUGGCACCUUUGGCUACGUUUGUGUGAAGAUCAGUAUUACUUUAUUAGGUGUUCAAGAUUUGUUCCAAAUAAUGACAUUAUGCUGUUUUCAAUAAAAUGGAAACUACCAUCACUG